AGGCAAAACGUGGAAAAUGACGGAGGUGAGAUUAAUGAAAAGAUAGGUAGGUGCCCGAACAUCAAAUUCCGGUACUCGGUAAAAACAACAACACAGCGACACACUGAAUAUGAAGCAUCAUCCUUCCUCACUUCUUGUUUAUCAAUUACUCAAAUAACCAACCCCACUCUUUCCAUCCUCCUUUAUACCAUUAAGUCACAAUCAAAUUCUACCAAAAUCCCUAGAACAAUUCACCCCUUUUACCUUCCUUCUUCAUUUUCUGUUGGUGAUGGCUUCUACCACUGUCACGUUGUCCCCCAGCUCUCCCCAGCUCCGUCUGGCUCUGCGUUGCAGGAAUUCCGUCGAACCACGCGCGCUUCUCGUCGGGGCGUGGACGACCAACCUCGAUUCUCAUCGUCGUCUUCGCCUGCUCUCUCUUACACGAAGCAGGAGUAAGAGACUGGAACGACGUCAUAACGGUGUUUUUCGGAUUGUGGCCGACUCCACAGCUGGCGCGGGGGCGGAUGCCUUUUCUGGAUGGUCCGAUUCGGAACAUGUUGAAGACUCCGUAGACUCGAGACGGAACGGAUGGUUCGGAGGAAUUACAAGAGCUGGAUCAGUUGGACUUGUUCUGGUAGCCGGGCUUUCCUUUGCAGCAAUGUCCAUUGGUAACCAAAGCACUGCUAGGACAAAACAACAGUUGGGACCACUAACAGCUCUACAGGAAGUUUUAUUGGCCUCUGAUAAUGAGACUGAUAAGUCUGAGGAGAAUGAAAGCAAGAAAGGUAUACAUAAGGAUCUUUUGUCACCUUCAGAAUUUAAUUCCACUUCUACUGAUAAUAAACUUGAAAAUGACAAUGGUUCGUACUUAGUAGACGGUUACACAUAUAAUGGCAAUGUUGCCGCUAACACUGCUCCAAUUCAAGAAGACUUGCAAAAUGUUUCAGCUUUGGAUGGAAUGCCAAUUGGCACAGGCUUAACUCCAAUAUCACCUAAAUUGCCUGAAUCUGAAGUUGCUGGUGGGCCUUUUUUUGCACCAAGCCUUAGAGAAUCAGAUAGCAACCUUGAUAUUGAUUCACCUGAGGCAACUUCAGAAACUAAAGACAAUUUGUUUAAUGUCAAAGAAACUAUAGAUACUAACUUGUCUGACCCAAUAAACCUAGACAAUGAUAUCGAUGAGGGAAAGCUUGGAUCACAAGGAAAAGAGAAUUGCAAUACCUCAGUGGAUUCUUCUUCUAGUUCUAGUCUAACCAAUGAGGCUGUGACUAUGAACUUCUCAGUUAGUUCCAAGUUUGAACCAAUUUUAGAACCUCAUUCUUUACCCAUAGACAAUGUGAAAACCAUAGAAUCAUUUCCAUCUGAAGGAAACCUUGAGGUGAACAACUUAAAUGAGAGUGUGCCAUCUAAAAUAAGCUCUAUGUCAGCACCAGCUCAUCCAAAAGAUGAGCAAAGGGAAGUUGAUUAUAAAGAGAUAAAUGAUAGCAAACCAGUUUUGGAAUCUCCAAUUCCAAGGAGUUCCUUCUCCCCUGCCGGUAUACCCGCUCCAUCUGUAGUUUCUGCAGCUCUACAGGUGCAUCCAGGAAAGGUUCUCAUUCCUGCAGUUGUUGAUCAGGUUCAGGGGCAGGCACUUGCGGCCCUUCAAGUUUUGAAGGUCAUUGAGGCUGAUGCUCAACCUAGCGAUCUUUGCACACGCCGUGAGUAUGCUCGAUGGUUACUGUCUGCAAGUGUUCUUUCGAGGAAUUCAGUAUCAAAAGUUUAUCCUGCAAUGUAUAUUGAGAAUGUUACUGAACUUGCAUUUGAUGACAUCACACCUGAAGACCCUGAUUUUUCAUCCAUUCAAGGCUUAGCGGAGGCUGGACUUAUCUCAAGCAAGCUUUCAAAUAAAGAUCUGCUUAAUGAUGAUCUAGGCCCAUUUUACUUUUCUCCUGAAAGUCCUCUAUCACGCCAGGAUCUUGUGAGUUGGAAAAUGGCCCUGGAGAAAAGACAACUUCCGGAAGCCGACAAAAAGAUCCUCUACCAAAUUUCUGGUUUUAUAGACAUAGAUAAGAUAAAUCCAGAUGCAUGGCCUGCAGUUGUGGCUGAUAUGUCUGCCGGAGAACAAGGAAUAAUAGCACUUGCUUUUGGUUGUACAAGACUGUUUCAGCCAAAUAAGCCUGUGACCAAAGCCCAAGUUGCUGUUGCUCUUGCAACUGGUGAGGCUUUUGACCUAGUAAAUGAGGAGCUUGCGCGUAUUGAAGCAGAAUCAAUGGCAGAAAAGGCAGUAUCUGCUCAUAAUGCUUUAGUUGCUGAAGUUGAGAAAGAUGUUAAUGCUAGUUUUGAGAAAGAGCUUUUAAUCGAAAAGGAAAAGAUUGAUGCUGUUGAAAAAAUGGCCGAAGAGGCACUGCAUGAACUGGAAAGGUUAAAAGCUGAGAGAGAGGCAGAGAAUAUGGCCUUAAUGAAGGACCGUGCUGCCAUUGAUUCAGAAAUGGAAGCUCUUUCAAGGUUAAGGUGUGAAGUGGAGGAGCAGUUGGAAAGCCUGAUGAAUAACAAGGUAGAGAUAUCAUAUGAGAAGGAAGCGAUUAACAAACUACGAAAAGAAACAGAGGAUGAAAGCCAGGAGGUUGUCAGGUUACAGCAUGAGCUGGAGGUGGAGAGAAAAGCUUUAUCUAUGGCCAGGGCGUGGGCUGAGGAUGAAGCAAAAAGAGCAAGAGAACAGGCAAAAGCCUUGGAGGAGGCUAGAGACCGCUGGGAGAGGCAAGGUAUCAAAGUGGUGGUCGAUAAAGACCUUCAGGAAGAGACUAUAGCAGAAGUUACAUGGGUAAAUGUAGGGAAGAAAGUCGAAGAUGAGGUUGAAGGAACCGUCACCAGGAGUGAAGCUUUAGUGAAGAAGCUCAAGGCAUUGGCAAGUGAAGUUAAAUGGAAAACUAGAGAGUUCAUCAGUAAGAUCAUUCAAAAGAUACAAUAUUUUAUCUCAAUGUUGAAGGAGUGGGCCUCCAUAGCAAGUGCAAAAGCUGGAGUUUUGAAAGACAGGGCUGCAUCGAGCACAAGGGGAUCGGUACAAGAAUUGCAGCAAAGCACAGCAGGAUUUAGCUCAGCCCUUAAAGAAGGCGCAAAACGGGUGGCCGGUGAUUGUCGGGAAGGGGUUGAGAAACUCACUCAGAGGUUCAGAACAUAAGUCUCUCCACCUGUGAUUUAUGUUUUGGCCUUUCUUGGGCACGGAAAUAAAGAAAUUUUGCAGUUGAGAGGUAUGUAAUUCAUCUCAUCUCUGAUCAAUAUGCAUUAGAAUGAAUGUACCAUGUUAAUCAUUUGUCAUUUAAAUGAUGUGUAAAAGAAAAUAAUAAGCAAUGAAAAUUGCUACUUAUGUAUUUGUUCUUAAUAGCACCCGACAAGGUUCUUGUUGGACAUUUAGUCA